AUGAAUCCUCCAACCAACAGAGACGAUACACACCCGCCAGAGCACUACAUGCCCCACUCAUCAUCAUCAUCAUCAGGAGGCAUAGGAGGAGGAGGAGGAGGAGGAGGAGGAGGAGGUUUGUAUCUGGAUGCCUUUGAGGUCUCUUUCCCUCUGGAGGAGAGCAUCGAAAGACCGCCCGCAUAUCACCUGAACCAGGGUCAGCAGGUGAUGGAAGAGCCCGUGGUGCAGGAGCCCCCUCACUCUCAAUACAGCCCUUUCAUCCUGGUCUCCAACCUGCGAGCUCACCUGUACGUCACUCUGGAGAAGAACGCCUGGCUGCAGAAACGCAUCGAGGAGCUCGAAGAGGAGCGCAACUUCCUGCGCUGUCAGCUGGACCGCUUCAUUGUCAGCAUGAGAGGUCCAGAGGUGACAGAGUGGUGUGGAGAAUCUCAGCGUGGUGUGAAGGUCCAGCCGUCCGCCUCUCCCUCUCCUCCUUCCCCCAUGACCACCAGGUCUGGCAUGACCCUCAAACGGCAGCAGGGACCAGGACCUCGGCCCCGCCGCAGCACCGCCAUCCCUGUGAAGCAGGAGUUUCACCUGGAGGAGGAUAAAUACUACACUGAGGACGAGUAUGUGGAGGAAGAGGAGGAGGAGGAAGACGAGGACUCGUCACUGGAGAAGGGGUCAAAGAAGAAGGGCCGAGGGCGAGCCAACGGAGAGCCGAGGAUGAAGAUGAGGAGGAUCUUCAGGAUCACCCAUGGGAGGGAGAGACAGAGAGUCAAAGACCCAGAGGGGGUUUUGAUUCGUUAUAAGAAGAUCCUGACGACCUACCAGCGGGUGAGGAGCAUGUCCCGAGCCUUCCAUAUCCACGGAGUCGACAGGAACACCAUGGCCUCUACCUCCCCCAUCGCCGAGCUGCUGCUGGUGGCUCCAGAGAAGAUGGCGGAGGUCGGGGAGUUCGAGGCAUCGAAGGAGAAGCUUUUGGAUUACGCCCGGCGGUGCUACAAGACCAUGGACGACCAGACGCAUGCCAAGGUUCAGGCCAUGAAGAAGACCCACAAGCUGCUGCCGAUCUCCUACAGGUUCAGAAACUGACUGACAGG